AUGGCUGAAGCGGACCAGGAAGUGCAGAUCGCAGCUGCUGGUGAUGAGGCUACAGAUGACGGACUAUCGGAAAUCUCAGCGGUCGCAUCAUCAAGAACCAGUGUUAGCAGCUCUCUUCUCGAACACCGCAUUGAGAAUGGCAGAACCUACCAUCGGUACAAAGACGGCAAUAUGUUGCACGAGAUCUGGAUCUAUACGCUGGAUGAUAGACUCGGCCUGGCUCCCCCUUGCGAUCCCAACGCUAAAGUCGGAAGAGUCCUCGAUGUUGGUACAGGAACAGGGAUCUGGGCUCUUGAUUUCGGAGAGGAACAUCCCGAGACUGAGGUUCUCGGAGUAGAUCUCUCUCAUACUUUGCCGACUUUUACACUCCCUAACGUCGCAUUCGAGAUCGAUGACCUAGAGGAGGAUUGGACCUACUCGAAGCCUUUCGACUACAUCCACAGUCGAUUGCUGACCUCAGCCGUCAGCGACUGGAAGAUAUACCUUACCAAGUGCUUUGAAAACCUGACACCAGGCGGCUGGCUAGAGCUUCAGGAAGCAGACGUUUGGCCCUUCUCCGAUGAUAACACGUUCCCCAAAGACAGCGCGUUCGCUAGGAUGGCAAUCUUGCUCAAGGAAGCGGCUGCGAAGAUGGGACGCCCCUGGUUUGACCUACCGUCCCUGAAGACUAUGAUGCUUGAGGUUGGCUUCGUGGACGUUAGAUUGAAACUCCACAAGUGGCCAAUCAACGACUGGCCUAAGGAUCAGCGAUACAAAAACAUCGGCACAUGGACGUACGAUAACGUCACUAACGGUUUGGAGGCUAUGGUAAUGGCGCCUUACACCCGCGCCCUCGAAUGGACGCGUAGCGAGGUCAAUAUCUUCCUCAUCGAUGUGCGCAAGGAUCUGAAGAACAGACACUUCCACGCUUACUACCCGGUCUAUGUCAUCACUGGGCGUAAGCCUGAGAAGGAAGCCACGCCCGCCCAUCCCACCGCUGCAGCAGCGACAGAGCCUGCAACGGCCACACACCACUGA